GUGGCAGGAGCCCCCCUUCUCAGCGCCAUGAGCACCUCUACUGGCCCAGAGGCCGCCCCCAAGCCGAGUGCCAAGUCCAUCUAUGAACAGAGGAAGCGGUACUCCACGGUGGUCAUGGCCGACGUGUCCCAGUACCUGGUCAAUCACCUGGUGACCUUCUGCCUGGGGGAGGAGGACGGCGUGCACACGGUGGAGGACGCCGCGAGGAAGCUGGCCGCCAUGGACAGCCAGGGCCGCGUCUGGGCGCAGGAGAUGCUGCUGCGGGUGUCCCCCGGCCACGUGGCGCUGCUCGACCCGGCCUCCAAGGAGGAGCUCGAGUCGUACCCGCUGGGCGCCGUGCUGCGCUGCGACGCCGUGACGCCGCCGGGCCGCGGCCGCGCGCUGCUGCUGCUGGUGUGCCAGGAGCCUGAGCGCGCGCAACCCGACGUGCACUUCUUCCAGGGCCUGCGCCUCGGGGCGGAGCUGAUCCGAGAGGACAUCCAGGGCGCUCUGCAGAAUUUCCGCUCCGGCCGCGGGGAGCGCAGGGCGGCGGCGCUCAGGGCCACCCAGGAGGAGCUGCAGCGCGGACCCGCGCCCGCCGCCGAGACCCCGCCCCUGCAGCGCCGCCCGUCGGUCCGCGCCGUGGUCAGCGCGGCGGGGCCGGCCGUGGAGCGCGCGCGACCCCGGGAGGGGCCCAUCCCCGAGGCGGAGGAGGCGCAGGCGCCCGGCCCCGCCGACCACCCCGCGGACGCGGGCCCCAGGGGUCCCGACCUGGCGUCUCUGCAGGCCGAGCGCGAAGUGGACAUCCUGAACCACGUGUUCGACGACGUGGAGAGCUUCGUGGCGCGGCUGCAGAAGUCCGCCGAGGCGGCCCGCGUGCUGGAGCACCGCGAGCGCGGCCGCAGGACCCGGCGGCGCGCGUCCGGGGAGGGCCUGCUGACGCUGCGGGCCAGGCCGCCCACGGAGGCCGAGUACGCGGCGGUGCUGCAGAAGAUCAAGUACGCCUUCAGCCUGCUGGCCCGGCUGCGCGGCCACAUCGCCAACCCGUCCUCGGCGGAGCUGCUGCACUUCCUGUUCGGGCCGCUGCAGAUGAUCGUGGACACGUCGGGCGGCCCCGAGCUCGCGAGCGGCGUGCGUAGGCCGCACCUGACCUCCGAGGCGGUGGCGCUGCUGCGGGACAACGUCACUCCGCGUGAACACGCGCUCUGGACCUCGCUCGGGGACGCGUGGACCCGCCCAGGGCUGGAGCUGCCCCCGGAGGAGGGACCCCCGUACAGCCCCGAGUUCUGCAGCGGCUGGGAGCCCCCGGCCACCGACCUGCAGGGCCGCGCCUGGGAGGACCCGGUGGAGAGGCAGCUGCGGCACGAGCGGCGGCGCCGGCAGCAAAGCGCCCCCAGGGCCGCUGUCAACGGCCACCAGGAUCCCGAGCAGGAAGCCGAGCCCGCGGGGCGGUGGGUCCUGUGUGCCUACGACUUCCAGGCCCGCAAUGGCAGCGAGCUGUCCAUCCAGCAGGGGGACGUGCUCCAGGUCCUGGAUGACCGGCGCAAGUGGUGGAAGGUCCGGGACCCCCGGGGGCAGGAGGGAUACGUGCCUUAUAACAUCCUGACCCCCCACCCCGGGCCGGGCGGGGACAGCGGCCAGCACCCGGCCCCGCCCCCGGACAGUGCGCCCCCCGCCCCGCGGGCCCCGGCCCCUGCCCGGCCACGCUGGAACAGCUGCGACAGCCUGGACAACUUGGACGCCAGCGAGAAGGAGAGGUUCUCCCAGAUGCUCAGCGUGCACGAGGAGCUGCAGGCGCGCCUGGCCCAGGGCCGCCCGGGGCCCAGCCGCACCGCCCCGGGGCCCAGCCGCACCGCCGAGCCGCAGCUCAGCCCGCGGUCAGACGCGGCGGAGGUCCGCGCCUGGCUGCAGGCCAAGGGCUUCAGCUCGGGGACCGUGGAAGCGCUGGGGACGCUGACCGGCGCGCAGCUGUUCUCGCUGCAGAAGGAGGAGCUGCGGGCCGCGAGCCCCGAGGAGGGGGCGCGCGUGUACAGCCAGGUCACGGUGCAGCGCGCGCUGCUCGAGGACGGGGCGAAGCCGUCGGAGCUGGAGGCAGUGAUGCAGAAGCAAAAAAGGAAGGUGGAUGGCAACGUGGGCUCGGAGGUCAUUUGAGCUUUCUUGGCCCCCGCUGCGAGAGGUGACCACGCGACUACAGGAUCCCCGCCGAAGGUCGGGGGCCCGGGCCUCCCCACCCCGGGGGCAGACUGGACGGACAGUCCUGGCCGCCAAGCCCUCGCGCGGGUGGGAGUGACAGGGCACGCUACGGGCAGCCCCUCGGUGGCGG